UCUUGUUUUUCUGGCUUCAGUUUCAGGUGGAGGCGCUGUUGCGGCGGCUGUGACGUCACUGACAAACUUUGACACACACACACACACACACACAUUGUCAUUCAUCCACGGGGAAUAACAGUAGCGAACUCCAGAUACAUGCUUUCAAACACUAUGUUGGUAAAGAUGUGUGUUUAAAUGAGUUAAACGUGUUUUCGGGAAUGUCGGGAUAAAGUCACUUAAGGAGCUUCAGCUUUCCAUAUUCCAGUAGUUAAUAAUGGAUCCUCAGAGCUCCUCCUCCUGCAUAUAUAUAUAUAUAUAUAUGUAUGCUGAUGUGGUUUGAUGAGCUAUGAUGAUGAGUGCGACCUCAUGGUUCCUGGUGAGCAGCUCGGGCACGCGCCACCGGUUGCCACGGGAGAUGAUAUUUGUGGGUCGAGAGGACUGUGAACUGAUGCUACAGUCUCGCAGCGUGGACAAACAACACGCCGUGAUCAACUAUGACGCGUCCGUGGACGAGCACCUGCUCAAAGAUUUGGGCAGCCUCAAUGGGACAUUUGUGAAUGACCUUCGUAUUCCCGAUCAGACGUACAUCACCCUGAAACUGUCCGAUGUCAUUCGCUUUGGAUAUGAUUCACAUAUUUACAUCCUGGAGAGAAACCAACACAAAGUGGCUGAAGAAGCGCUGAAGCAUGAGAAAUACACCAGUCAGCUUCAGUUGAGUCACGAGACGCUGGAAGCCAAGAAACACGGACGCACUGAUGAGAGACGGCGAAACACAGACAUAUCACGCAUUAAACCGGACAAAACAGAGCACAACAAAAUCACAGAUCUGUCCAUCUCCAGACCCUCUCCUCUAUACGGUCAGCCGUCCUGGUGGGGUGAAGCUGAUAAAGAUAAUAAGCGUCAGCAAUGUGAUCAGAGCGGUUAUGAGAAUUACACAGAAAGCCAAAAAGAAGACAUCAAACGUGAGUUGACUGUCUCUCCAGAUGACCUUCAAAAUGGGCAGGACGAGUCUGGUUACUCUUACCGUAAGGAACCGAGCAACUUUGAGAUCCCCACCAAGGAGAUCCAGUCCAAGUCCAAAACUGCACUCCUGGAUGUCCAGGAGAUCCCAACAAAAGACACUGACCACAAACCUCCAGAAACACCCCCGGUGGUGCAGCGCCAUGCCUCCUUCACCAUUGAGUUUGAUAACCAAACACCUGGAAAGGCGAAGAUCAAGGACCAUGUCACCAAGUUCUCCAUCCAUCAACACAGGACUCCCAGCAAAGAGUCUACAGCCACACUUCCAGAGGUGAUGUCCGUGGAAAGCAAAGUUGCUGAUUGGUUGGUGCAGAGUGAUGCCAGUAUGUUGAGGAGUCUAGAUGGCCAGUCUGGCUCAGAGGAACUCUCAAACAAGACCUUCAAAGAUGGACACCUUCAUGAAGACGGUGAUUUGGAGGAUCCAGAAGAAACGCAAGACCUUCAGUCAAUGUCCCAUUUAGGGCCACAAAAGGUUGUAACUACACAACCUAUCACCCCUCCAGAGGAGGAUGAUUACCGUACUAACUACACACCAAAGUCCAAAAACCAAGGCAAACAAGACCCGCAGCAAGCUUUUGUCAUUGACUUUUUUGACGAGAGUCAACGGAAAAAGCGUUCUCAGUCUUUCACCAAUAAUGUGUCUUCUCCUGAACUUCAGUAUGCCCUCAGAAACAAGUUGGAGAAACGGAAAGGCGCAAACACAUCUUCCGGUCAUAAUCCACCCACCCAACAGUUCACCAUUCCCCUCAAAGGUUCUGAUAGUCCUCAGAGGGCUGGAGCACUUAGACGGGAGAAGAGUGAAAUCCGCCUGAGUACCUCUGAAUAUUCAUCCCGCUCAGUGUCAAAACCGUUCGGCAGCGUGGGCCGGAAGUCUAAACUGGCGCAGGACUUUGCAGCGGAGUUGCUUCGAGUGUCCAAAACUAGUCCUGCUUCCACAUUGGACUCAAACUCUAGUAGGUCUAACUCCACAUGGGUGAAGACCCCGUCCUCUACGUCUGCUUUAUUCCCACCAACAACCAACGCUGGUUUUGCAGUGGAACAUCAGAGUCCUCCUACCUCAUCUCAUUCUCAUACUUAUACUAUGAAUCAGACAUUUUCCAUCUCACUUUCCCAACAGUCAAGGCCUCAAAACCCUUCUUCUGUGCCCAUGGAAGACAACAAUAAAGAAGCCAAAACCCUUGGCCCCAAGCAAGAAGAAGAAGAAGAAGACCGUUUAAGUGAUGCAGGUACCUAUACCAUUGAGACAGAGGGACCAGACAAAGAGGUGGUGGAGGCACGGGGCAUGAUCGACCAGGUGUUUGGUGUUGGCGACAGCAUCCAAAUCUUAGCAGCAGCAACAUUUAAGCCUAUAGUUGAUCACAGUGAGGGCCAUGAUAGCCUUCUACUCAGUGAGAAUAGCUCAGGUCCUAAACUAGGCCAAUACCCAACAGACCAUAGUGACACAGCCAAGAGUCCUGGACAGAUACAGUCGAAGGCGACAUUAACACCUGGAGGCACUAGGUGGGUUUCUCGCUGGGCCAGUUUGGCUGAAAGCUAUUCAGAUUCUGUUCCUGCACCAGGACCAUUUGAUAUCCCUUCACAGGUUGAGCUUUCCCCCGGAGGUGCUGACUCUUCAGAAGGCCAAAGCAGCAGAACAAGACGAGUUCUGCCUCUGGUUCCCUUGAAGGAGAAGAUUGAGACACCACCACCACCCACAAUACUCUUAAAACUAGAUCCUUACCUCUCUGGUUGCGAGAGGAGUUUUGAAGUUCAGAAGCAAAAGUGGGAUCCCCAGAAACGUAGUGUCCAAGAUGAUCUUGACCCUGACAGCUUGAGUGAUGCCAGUAAGUCUGAUGAUAGCUCUGUUGUGGAGCAGAGUAGGAAAACUUCUGGCAGAACUGAGAAGAUGUGGAACCAGUCGCCUAAGGCUCUACCUAAGCAAAAGGAGGUGCCAACCUCUGGUGUGGCCAAGACCGAAAAAGACCAGGAUUCGCCUUCCAAAUUCUCUACAGCUACUGUACUGAGACAAUAUGCCAAGCUCAGCAAGAACAACUACUCCCCACCCAACAUUGAUCAAAACAAGAUUGCAUCUCAUAGUAUAGACAAUUCCAUUUCUCUUAUCAGACAGGAAAGUUAUACUAAAGAACGUUCCAGCGACAAUGACCAGUUGUCCAGAUUGCCCCAUGUAUCUAGUCCACCCUCUAUCAGGGACCAAGAGGCUGUAGGAGCUUUUAAAGCUGUAAACAGUCAAGACACUCAGUCUUGCCUCAAACACACUGAGGACAUUCUUGCAGCUCUGGAGGCCAAACUUCUGAAGCAAGAUAAUGGUCACUCCCAUUUGGAGGACUCGGCCUCUGGAGAAUCAGAUGUAGACACCUCCAGUACAGUCAGUGGCAAAAAUGCUCAAAAUUCUGUGCCCGGGAAGCCAUUGGUCCUCAAAGGUCCCUUAAGAGAUAAAACAGCUUCCAGUCAGUUUACAAGAGAACUUAAGGCUUCUGGUGAUCCAUGGUCUGAAAAGAGCCAGUCCUGUGUAAAGGACCACAAUGGUAAGGUAGAGCCAAGCAAAUGUUUUCAGCUCCGUCGCAGCCUUAGUUCUCUGGGCUCUGGGCCAGAACCUCAGAGUUCCACAACACGCAAUCGGGCUGAUGCAGUUUCAGACCAGGAAUCAAGCUCCCAACCUUAUAAGAAGUACACUGUUCCCCUUCAGAGGGACAACUCGAGCAAGUCCAAAAGCACAUUAAAACAAGGGCUUUCUCGUUCCAGUAGCCUCUCCGCUCCAAGACCCACAAGGACUUCAGUGCUACGCCGGGCCCGAUUGGGCGAAGCCUUAGACAAUGAAGGCACAGAAACCGGCUGCAUGUCUCAAAACUCAGACAGCAACCCCUCUUCGAACAAAGUCACUCAGGAGAGCAAGAAGCUCUCGCGACUGGACAUUUUAGCACUACCCAGGAAAAGGACGGGCUCCUUCACCACACCCAGUGACACGGAGUCCUCCACAAGCCGGACAGGCUUUUCAAACCGCAGUACAGAGUCGGGAAGCUCUGUGCGGAAAGCUUCAGUGCCGGACCCCAAGGCUCCUAUGCGCAAGGCUUCAGGGGCCACAAACAGACAACCAAUCAUCCGUGGACACUCUAGCAGUGCCAAGUCCACCAGCAGCACUGCCAGCUCCAGGAGGCGUCAGAAGGGUUCAGACUACGCCUCCACCUCGGAGGAUGAGUACGAGUUUAUCCAUAGUACCCCUAAACACGAACACUCCCGUCAUUCAGGUGCCCAGCAGACCUCCAGAAUCCACCCACCAGGUCCGGUGCAAGCAGGACCCAGACUGAGAGACUCAGACGGGGAGGGACAGGAAAGCAAUGCAUUCCAGAACUGGACGUCUCAUAGUGCUGAGAUUGCAAGAUUGAGUCAAGACUUGGCUAAAGAUUUGGCUAUUCUGGCUCAAGAGAUUCAUGACGUUGCUGGAGACACUGAAUCUCAGAGUGCUUCUGCGGAUGGUAUGGGACCAACGUUAGCUGCCCAUGAAGAGAUUCCAGAGGCGAGUCUGAAUUUCCAGAAAGAAUCUCCAGGCCCGGUGAUGGUUGAAGAGUCUGAGCAGACCUUUAGAAAUGAAGACAUCAAACCGCAGACUCUCAGACAAGAUGAGGUGACUUUGAACAAUGUGAUGCUGACUCCCGUGUCGCAGCUUUCUCUCGCAAUCCGUGAGAACACAGAACAGCUGACAGAGAAAAUCAAGGCAUUGUUCCAUAAUAAGGCCGAAGCUUUAAGAGAGUUUGAAGCACGAAUCAAUGCAGCUGAUGAUUCGCCCAAACUAAAAACAUCAAACAAGGAAAUUGCAUCAAUUCUCAGAGAACUCGGGAGAGUCCAGAAACAUCUAGAAGUCAUCAACACGAUCAUAGAUCCUCGAGGAAAUCCAGAUCUCUGUAAGACUGUCUCCGCAGGAGGUUUAUCUGCGGCUGGGAUUCGGAGUUCAAGACCUGCGUCCCAGAAUUGGAGGUCUUCCCCACGAGGCGGUGGACCAACACCGAGCGCCCGACGGAUGUUUAGAAGCUCAGAUAGAGAAGGGUCACUAGUAUGAUGGCUGAGGGGGUUUGAUAUCGAUUAAUGCGUUGCACAUGAAUCUAAAACGACUUUGGUUGAAUCUCUGCUACAUUCCUCGUUAUCUUUGGGAGAAUAUGACGACAACUUUGUCUGGCCUAUUUGCACUUUACCCUUCUUACUUUAUUGAUUGUUGUUAUAGGCUAUAAGGUUCAAUCAUUUACAUGAGUAUUUAAAUCACCUUUUGUCUAAGCUGAACAGAGAACGUGUACACG